AUGAGUAGUAGAGGAAAGCUCGGCCUCAGCGCGUCCUACUUGUGUCGUGUUUUAAGCCUGCUAUGCAUCCUUGUUCCAUCUACCAUUCCUGACAAUCCAUUUCUGGUACUUGUCCACCAGACACAUCCUUCCCUUCCCUCUCGGGGUGCUUCUUCUAUCCCCCUUUUCUGGCGCCCCCUCGGACCAAGAGACGUGACCGGAUGGUAUGGGCCUUGCUUGAGUCCUUUCACUCGCCCUCACUGGCCUUACGAACCUCCCCGUAUGGCUGUGCUUUCGUCUUCUCCCUCUGGUAACGGAGUGGUUUUACAACUUGAAACAGUACCCUCUGAGACAAAUCAGUCAGGUGGGGUAGUGGGCUAG